AGAGCAGCACGUUCCUCUGAGGGGGAAUAGAGGAAUCAAAUGAGAAUGUGGAUACAAGGUGGGGGAUAGAGAAAUCAGCUGGAGGAUAGGAGAGAGUGAUUGCUGAGUAAGGGGUAGUAAACAGAAAAGACACCACACUGAGGAGAAUGGGAAGAUGGAAGUGGAUGUGGGGGGAGGUUGACAGGCAGGGAAGGAGCCCUCUCUGGAGGCGGAAAGGGGCAGGACCACUUCCGGCUGGGGAGGGGUUAGCUGACAGUUUCAGACCUAAGAAGAGGCUUGAAGAGAGCAGACGCCUUCUGGAGUCAAAAGGACGAGGCUCAACUGUUACCUGGCCUUCCAGAAAAAUGGAUAGGAGAAAUGACUACGGUUAUAGGAUGCCCCCGUUCCAGGGCCCUCUGCCUCCCCUUGGGAGCUUGGGGCUUCACUUCCCUCCAGAUGUACAGGUUGAGACCACUGAAGAGGACAGUGUCUUGCUGAUGCACACUCUCUUGGCGGCAACAAAGGAACCCCUGGCCACGGACCCGCCAGUUGCCAACCGGCCUAAGAAAAGCAAAACCAAGAAGGCCCCUAUUAAGGCUAUUACUAAUACCAUAUCUGCUGCCCCUCCAGGUCCACCUGCCAAUGUGAUUACCACUAACAAGCCUCAAAUACUUUUGCAGGCUUUAAAACUGCCAAUCAUCCCCCAGAUCAACCAGGCCUCAGCUACCACUGAGGCAGCCAGUACACAGGCUUCUUCAGUUACCACUCAGCCGAAGAAAGCCAACAAGACAAAGAGAGUCAUUGUUAAGGCAGCCCAAGGCACCCAAUCUCCAACUGGCAGUGAGAAUGUCACUACACAGAUCAAGUCACCUUUGCAGUUCCUAAACCUACCAGUCACCCCACAGACUACACUUGCCAGUGAGUCAGCCAAUUUCCAGGCCUUCAUAGUCUCCACCAAGCCUAAGAAAGCUCCCAAGGCUAAGAAGGCUGCCAAUAAGGCCCUAGCUAGUGCCACUGAGAUUUCACAGGCUUCAACUACUACCUACCCAGCUACCACCCAAGGCCAAAUUACCAAUGAGACAACCAAUACCAAGGCCACAGUAGCCUCCAUUCGAACUAAAAAAGCCUACAAAGACAAGAAGGCAACUGUUAAAGGCACAAAUACUGACCCAGAGCUCCCAGAGGCCGCAAAUGCCACUGAGAGAGCUAUCAGGCAGAUUGAGGCCUCAGCAGAAGCUCUCCAGCCCCCAAAAUCCAAAGGCAAGAAGGCUACCAAUAAGGCUAUAAAUUAUGCCUAUGAGAUCUCUGAGGCCCUACUUGUUACUCAAAUGGUUGCAAACCAAGCCCUAACAGCCACCUUUCAGGUUAAGAGAGGGUCCAGGGCCCAGAAGACUGCUACUAAGUCCAGGACGGCUGACAGCCAGAUUCAAAUUGUUGACCAAGGAGCCCAGGCCAAGAUGGCCAGCUCUCAGACCAACAUAAGUGCCUUUGAGACUCAGGUUGCUGCUGCUGUCCAGGCCCUGGCAGAUGACUACCUGGCUCAGCUGAGUCUGGAGCCCACAACCAGGACCCGGGGCAAGAGGAACCGAAAGUCCAAGCAUCUGAAUGGGGAUGAGAAAGGUGGCGGUAAUUACAGGUGGAUCCGAUGGGGCCGGAGGCCUCCGCCACCCCGAGAUGUGGCCAUUUUGCAAGAAAGGGCAAAUAAGUUGGUGAAAUACCUGUUGGUUAAGGACCAGACAAAGAUUCCCAUCAAGCGCUCAGACAUGCUGAAGGACGUCAUCCAAGAAUAUGGUGAAUAUUUCCCAGAGAUUAUUGAACGAGCAAGCUACGCUUUGGAGAAGAUGUUUCGAGUCAAUCUGAAGGAAAUUGAUAAGCAAAGUAGCUUGUAUAUUCUCAUCAGCACUCAGGAAUCCUCUGCAGGCAUACUGGGAACGACCAAGGACACACCCAAACUAGGUCUUCUCAUGGUGAUUCUGAGCGUGAUUUUUAUGAAUGGCAACAAGGCCAAUGAGGCUGUCAUCUGGGAGGUGCUGCGCAAGUUGGGGUUGCACCCUGGGGUGAGGCACUCGCUCUUUGGGGAAGUGAGGAAACUCAUCACAGACGAAUUUGUGAAGCAGAAGUACCUGGAGUACAAGAGAGUCCCCAACAGCAGACCACCUGAAUAUGAGUUCUUCUGGGGCUUGCGCUCCUACCAUGAAACUAGCAAGAUGAAAGUCCUCAAGUUUGCAUGCAAGGUACAGAAGAAAGACCCCAAGGACUGGGCCGCUCAGUACCGGGAGGCAGUGGAGAUGGAAGUACAGGCUGCAGCUGUAGCUGAGGCUGAGGCCGAGGCCAGGGCUGAGGCAAGAGCCCAAAUGGGAAUUGGAGAGGAAGCUGUGGCUGGGCCUUGGAAUUGGGAUGACAUGGAUAUCAACUGCCUAACAAGGGAAGAGUUAGGCGAUGAUGGUCAGGCCUGGAACAGAAUUUCACUUGAAAUUGAGGCCCAAGCCCAAGAAAAUGCAGAUGCCAGCACCAACAUCGACUUCAGCAGAGGAACUAGUGUGGGAGCUAGUUUCCACGAUACUGCUAGUAUUAGCAUCAGUAGUGCAACCAAUGGUGGCUUUGGUGGCAGAGCUGGCAAUAGUUUCGAUGGCACACUCAGCACCAGUGCCAGCUUCAACAGCAGAGCCGGCCUUAGCUUUGGUGGCACACAAAGCACCAGCUCUAGUUUCAGCAGUGAAGCCAGCAUUAGCUUUGGUGGCACCCCUUGUACCAGUGCCAGCUUCAGUGGUGGGGUCAGCUCUAGUCCCAGUGGUCCACUCAUCACCAGUACCAGUUUCAGCAGUGAAGCCAGCGUUAGCUUCGGUGGCACCCCUUGUACCAGUGCAAGCAUCAGUGGUGGAGUCAGCUCUAGUCCAAGUGGUCCACUCAUCACCAGUACCAGUUUAAGUAGUGGAGCCAGCUCUGGCUUUGGAGGCACACUCAACAUCACUGCUGGCUUCAGUAGUGCGCUCGUUACCAGUACCAGCUUUGGCAGUGCACACAGCAGCAGUGCGGCACUUAGUGGUGCACUGAGCACCAGCACUGGCUUUGGUGGCACACUCAGCACUAAUGUCUGCUUUGGUGGCUCUCCCAACUCCAGUGCCAGCUUUGGUGGUACACUCAAUACUAGUAUCUGCUUCGGUGGCUCUCCUAGUACCAGUACUGGUUUUGAUAGCAUACUCAGCACCAGCAUCUGCUUUGGUGGCUCUCCUGGCACUAUUGCCAGCUUUGGUGGUGCACUCAACACCCGUGCUGCUUUUAGCAGUGCUGUGAGCACGAGUACUGGCUUCAGUGAUGCACCUACCUCCAACUCUGGCUUUGGUGGUGUGUUCAGCACCAGUGCUGACUUCAGCGGGGCACUUAGCACAUCUACUGACUUUGGCAGUGCUCCCAGCACCAGCCUCUGCUUUGGCAGUGUGUCUAGCACCAACUUAUGCUUUGGUGGCCCUCCUAGCACCAGCACCUGCUUUAGUGGAACUACCAGUGCCAGUUUUGGUGAUGUACCCAGCACCAGUGUGGGUUUUAGCUUUGGCAAUGGGUUAAGUACCAGCACUGGAUUUGGUGGUGGACUGAGCACCAGUGCUGACUUUGGUGGUGGACUGAGCACCAGUGCUGGCUUUGGUGGUGGACUGAUCUCCAGUGAUGGCUUUGGUGGUGGACUGGGCACCAAUGCUGGUUUUGGCAGCACACUUGCCACCAGUGCUGGCUUUAGUGGUAGCUUCAGCAUCAGUGAUGGCUUUGGUGGUGGGCCUAAUACCAGCUUCGACGGAGGACUGAGUACCAUCAUUGGCUUUGGCAGUGGUUCCAACAUCAGCAUUGGCUUUACUGGUGAACCCAGCACCAGCGCUGGCUUCAAUGGUGGACCCAGUUCUAUUGUUGGCUUCGGCGGUGGACUGUGCACCAGUGCUGGCUUCAGCGGUGGACCGAACAGUGGUGCUGGCUUUGACGGUGGACCAAGCAACAGUGCUGGCUUUGGUGGUGGAGCCACCAGCCUUGGUGCCUGUAGCUUCUCCUAUGGCUAGUGAGGUUUCAGGUUUAUUUCCCAUGUUUACAGAUACCACUAGAGUUGCAGCAGUCCUUCCCAUGGAGCCAAGAUCCCUCCUUGGAAUCUGUGUCCACACAUCAGUCUAAGCAGAUACUUCCAAU